CGGACGCCAGUUCUAUAAAGAAAUGGUGCCUGUAUGUUUGUUGUAUGUACGCGCCUGGUAAGUGCUUCCCUACUUGAACUGAAAAGUCCGGAGCAGAUGAACUGGAGGGGUAUUUUCCUCCAGGUCUGGACUCCUCUUGGGCCCUCUGGGGACUAGGGGGCCCUGUCCCCAGUGCCGUAAUGUCCCAUCUCUUUCGUGACGGGGGUUUCGGCGGGCCUGACCUAUUGAAGCAUGAACGUCUUGGUCAUGUAAACACGAACACAGAUGUCCGAUCUGGGCUCCCCCCGCACUGCCGCCAACCCUUUGACGAUCGCAGCCUCAGUAUCGGCCGUCCUGAGCGGGCUUCGCACCGCCGCCGAAUCCGCGCUGGAGGCCAACGCCCGCUUGGUAGACGAGCACAACCGCCGGGUCCGCGCCGAUGCUGCCGCCGCCGAUGCCGCUGCCAACGCUGUUGGAUCAUCGUCGGGGGCGGGCUACAGCUACAGCCUGUCCCUCAACCACUUUGCGCACAUGACCCAGGAGCAGUGGGCGGCCUCCAUGAUGGGCCUCGGCAGGCGCACCUCCAAGAGCGAGUCCGCCUCCGACUCCGACUCCGCCUCGGGCAAGAACGGGUCGCUGCGUGGCCGUUUGCCCACCUUUGUGGACUGGCGGGGCACCGGUGCAGACGGUCCGGGAGUCAAGGACCAGGUUUCUUGCGGCAGCUGCUGGGCUUUCAGUGCGGCAGGUGCUAUGCAGGGCGCCUGGUUCAAGGCAACCGGUCAGGCUCUGUCCUUCAGCGAGCAGCAGCUGGUGGACUGCGCCUGGGACUACGGAAACGACGGAUGCGCCGGUGGUUUCGUGGAGCCCACCCUCCAGUAUGUGGUGGAUGCGGGGGGUAUCGCUCAGGAGUCGGAGUACCCUUACUUAGCCCAGAACUCGUUCUGCAACGACGUCACCCAGCGCGGGGGCCCCGCCACCGUGCCUGUGUCCGCCCGCUUCUCUGGUUACCUUAACAUUCCCUCGCGCGAUGAGGCGGCGCUGAUGGAGGCGGUGGCGCUGCAUGGUCCCGUGGCGGUGCUUAUGAACGCGGCCUUGGCGCCGUUCAGGUUCUAUUCGGAGGGGGUCUACUACAACGAGGAGUGCGGCCAGGACCCUGACAGCAUGGACCAUGCCAUCUUGCUGGUGGGCUACGGCACCACCCCGGAGGGAGUGGACUACUGGCUAAUCAAGAACAGCUGGUCCAAGUAUUGGGGCAUGGACGGGUAA